AAGUAAAUGUGCUGUCAUGGAAGCGGACAACAAGUUCUGUAUUUUUAUGAGCGCCUUCUGAAAUUCUAACAACCAUCUUAAAAAUGGCUUUGGUGAUUCUCUUCCAGAUUACGACAGUCUUAUUAUAUGCUACCAGAUCAGCUGGAGCAAUUUCUUGUUAUAUCUGCGAUUACACUGCCGCAGAUACUUGCGAAUACGAAUCGGAAUAUCGAUUAGUCGACUGUUCUGAAUUUUGGGCCGAUAGCAGGUAUUGCUUGACCUUUAACGGGACCAGGAAAUCAGUAGCACGGGACACCGACAAAGUGACAAUCUCUACAGGACUACAUCGAGCGUGUCAGCGGGAAGCGGAUGUGGAGAUUUAUGGACUUUACGAUGUGGAGCCGGGCUGCCGAACGCUUCAUGUACUGAACCAGAACAGUAGUCUGUACAGCAAUUUUUUCUAUGAUGGAAGUUUAUGUCUUUGCGAAGAAGAUGGAUGCAACAGCGGUUCAAAAAUGUUUGGCGGUUAUCUUUCAAAUUUUAUCUGGUCGACUGCAUUACUGGCUUAUUUAUCAGCCUUUGCACGCCUGUGAAUUCUA